GCGUCAAGGCGCUCUGCUAAGCUUUAUCUUCAGUCGGAGAAGCAAAAGUUGACAAGGACUGUGAUAAAGUGGAACUCUACGCUACCGAAUCUCUCCAUCCGGAAUCAAAGCAAGGCAAUCUCCUAUUGCUAUGUAUGCUUGCAAAGCCCGACAUCGUAAUUAAAAAGAUACAAGAAACAUAACAUAGACAUCGGAAAUGGCAACGCAAGAUACUAUCAUUUCUAUAGAGGAGCAAGAUCUAGUCAGCGCGGAGAUGCCAAACUUUACGUCGAUUAUCAAUGAUGUUCAGCCAGCUGCCACAUUCCUUUCCUUCUUUAUAAACUUUCCCGGCGAUUAUUCGCCCUACAAUGCAAUAGAGGCAUUUUUCCUAACUGCGCUGCUCCUGUUCAUCACCUUCCUGACGAUAGCAGGUAACGCUACCAUCUGUUUCAUCAUCAUAUACUUUAAAAGAUUUCGACGCUCCAAUUACUUGGUGACCAGCUUGGCGGUGAGCGAUUUGUUAGUCGGUGUGGUCGUGAUGCCACCAGCUAUAAUUUAUCAAGUAUCAGGCGACUGGUACUUCGGUUCUACCUCAUGCCACAUUUGGCUCAGCGCCGACGUGCUCAACUGCACUGCCAGCAUCUUCAAUCUCUGCAUGGUUUCCAUAGAUCGAUUCUGGUUGAUCAUGAAACCGUUGAAAUAUGAAACGAAGAGGACGAAACUACGGAUGUCGCUAUACAUCACCAUCAUUUGGUCUUUAGCAAUGUGCAUUAGUCUGCCGCCCCUUUUAACGAUGGGAAACGAGUACGUGGAAGUUGAAAAUGGACCCACGCUCUGUGCACUUUACCAGCAUUUUAUUUACCAAAUUUACGCCAUCGUAGGAAGCUUCUACAUUCCGCUGCUCGUCAUAAUACCAAUAGACUACGAUGAAUUCGACCAUUUUGUGCUACAUCAGAUAAAGCAACUUCCGGUGGACGCUGAGAACAGUGGUGUCAGAAGUGGGAUUAGCGGGAUCAAAGCAAAUCAAGUGAAUUAG